CAUGUCCCAGGAAUGAAUGUCCUGGCCCUCCGAGGACUCCUGGCUUCCUGGGUGCCCUUCCUGGGUGGCCACAGGGCCAAAGAGCUGACUACGAGGCAGGGCAAUGCGCCGCAGUAGGGGCCCGUAUUGAUUCUCAGUUCCCAGAGGAGCCGGCUUGGGCCCCGAGCCAAGGGCAGGGGAGGAGUUCGGCGGGCUGGGGCGGGGUAGCGGUUCCCUUUAAGAAGCUCUGACCAGCCUAGCCUGCCCGCACCGGCACCGGCGGAGAACGGAGAGCCGAGCAGAGCCGUGACAGCCUGUGCAGGGCAGAGGAGGGCGUAGCAUCUGUCUGCCAGGGACCUGCGGUAGAGGAACCUCAGGGGCGGCGCUCCUCCGCUCCUCCUCCACUCAUAGCUGCAUCCUCUGCCCCAGGAAGACAUGGAAGGAGACGGUGACUCAGACUGGUUCAGUAUCUCCUAGUCUCAAUCUGUCACCCGUGAUCUCUUUCUCUACGGCAUCUCCAGAGAGUCUGCAUCAGCCGGAAGUGGGCAUGGAGGCCCUGCCUGAGCCUGUCCUGAUCCAAAUUCUGGCCUCAGUUCCUGCCGCUGAGCUGGUGCUCAUGUGCCGCCUGGUGUGCCUGCAGUGGAAGGCCCUGGUAGAUGGCGCUUCGCUUUGGGUCCUCAAGUGCCAGCAGGAAGGGCUGGCAGGGGAGGACCAGGUUGAGGAGGAUAGAGACAACUGGCAGGUAUUCUACUUUCUCAGCAAGAGGAAGAGGAAUCUGCUCAAGAAUGUUUUUGGAGAAGAUGAGUUCGAGGCCUGGGGGGAGAUCGAGCACGGUGGAGACGGCUGGAAAGUGGAGGACAUUCCCGGCGAUUGUGGCUGUGAAUUUCCGGAGGAUGAGAAUGUCAAGAAAUACUUCGUCACUUCCUACGAGUGUUGCCGCAAAGCCCAAGUGAUCGACCUCCGGGCAGAGGGGUACUGGGAGGAGCUGCUGGACACCACUCAGCCCGCCAUUGUGGUCAAGGACUGGUACUCCGGUAGGAGCGAUGCCGGCUGCUUGUACGAGCUGGGUGUGAAGUUGCUGUCAGAACACGAGGAUGUCCUGGCCGAAUACAAGAGCGGGACGGUGGCGGUGGAUCAGGACGGCGACACAGGCUGGAGCGAGAUCUCUCAUACCUUCACAAACUAUGGACCAGGAGUUCGAUUUGUCCGCUUUGAGCACGGAGGCCAGGACACAGUCUACUGGAAGGGUUGGUUUGGUGUUCGAGUGACCAACAGCAGCGUGAUGGUGGUACCCUAACCUGACCUGGGCCCUCCUCCCCAGGGGCUAGGAGCUGUCUCAACUUUGGGUGCUGCUCUGUAGUUUGGGGAAGGGCUCAGUUCUAGAGUUCUUCCUCUUCUGUGGGUCCUUGACUCUGGCAGAAACCUGGCGGAGGGUGUCCUGGAAGCUAGGCUUUGUGUCUCUACACCAUGUACUCUCUGAUUUCUGUCUUUCUUCCUUGGGUGUCCCUCCUGUUCUUAUACCUUGCUCCCAUGGGAACUCCUAAAAGGUUGGAGGAGGGGGAAGAGUAUGCAUUAGCCUAUACCUGCAUAUUGUCUGCAUGUCUGCCCAACUAUCUUCUCUUCUAAUCAAAGUUUCCCAGUAUGAAUUAGACAAAAAUGCCUGAAAAAAAGUAAUUCAUUGGGCCCUAACCCUUCCUGUUUUUAGAACUGGGAUCAGUCCAGGCUCUGUUGUGCUUUGGGCUUCAUAUGAGGGCCUGGGAUCUGGGGCCAGGCUCAGCAGCCGCUGCCGGGUCUGGCCAGAGAACAAGGGCUGGGAUUGUGAGGACUGGAGGAGAUAAGGAGAGAGAGAAUCAGAGAGCUGGGAGCCUGGAGCCUGGCUGAUACUUGAGCAUUCUGGUGGCAGGAGCCAGAGGAACCAAGGGAAGUCUUUGUCUGGCCCAACCCAUUCCUUUGGCCCUCUUGGAAUGCCUCAGGAGGCACUUGAUCCGUCUACAUUUUUUGCAUAAAGUGGGGCUGAAACAGCACCCCCUCUCCCCUGGCACUAUCUAUAUAAACUAAGCUCCCAUUCCCUCUGCAGUUGCACCUUUGACCAUGGUGGCUGGUGGGGUGGUGGGGCCAGAAAUAUGGUUGCUAACACCCCUGGCUCCAUUGUUCAAGCCUCUUCCCCCUCAAAGGAUUAUCUCAACCCCUUAAUAGCCAGCGCUAGUUUCCUUAUUCUACAGAACUGGGGGCAAAUUUCUAGUCAAGCUAUCUGGUUUUUCUGCCACCCACUUUGAUUGAGGCUGAGGAGACCUGACAUGGGCUGAGUUGAUACCUCUGGAGGAGGGCAAUUAAUAAAACCACUGUGUCUGCUG